AUGGCACUCGUAGCUCUACCAAGCGUGCGCACUCAGUGCCAGCCUACGGCUGCGGACCCAGAGCUCCGAGGCACCUUCUGUCUUCAGUUCAAAACUCAGAGGCCUUCCAAAGCUUUCGCCUACCGAGGCAGUGCAGUGCGCUUCGAACGCUUCGCACACUUCGCUUCCAGCGAGCCCCCAGGCCAGCUCAACGGCCGUUCUUCCGAAGAUGCUGCAUGCUGCAUCUUUCAGUACGUUUUCGUCACAUGGUUUUUGUUUCCAGGUUCUCCUGCCCCAUCGCCACCUGUUCUGCCUCGCGGCUUCCUCUCUUGGCGCUGCGGCCGGGUGCUUGGUCUCUCCAUUCAACCGUUGCGGGUUCGAGCUCUUAGUGAGGCCUUUGCACGCUCCCAUCCACGACGUCGGAAUGUUGUUCUUCGACGGAAUCAGCUUGAGGACACCGCGACGGCAUCCUUGGUUGUUCGUGUGCUUCAGACUGGGCUUGAGGAGUCCAGCAUUGAGGAAUCUGGGGAUGCGCUGAUACCUGCCAUGCAGGGCGCUCGGACUGGCAUUCAUAGAUGGAGAAUGAUCCUCGCGAAGUUACGAUGCUGCAGGCCCAUCGGGCGACUGGUGACCAAAGGCAGCACCACAGGACUCGAGUACCGACCCCAGUAUGAUCCCUUCGACGCGCCUGAGUUCAUCGAGGACGAGCAUGGCGGAGGCAUCUUUAGCUGGAUGCCCGUCACAGCAGAAGGUGGCUUAAUGCCAGAGGGUGAAUACGACGAGCAGUCCUUUGAGGUUCCCGCAGAUCGCCUUGAGUAUUUGCAGGGAGCUGGAUGGCUCCAGGCAGGCGAGAGCGAGGACUAUCGUGCCUACAUCGUGGGCGAAGUCUCUGAAGUGCACGGACGCAAAUGGCAGCGUGUUGUCUUGAAGGGCCGGAAGGACUCGGUGCGCGAGGGCGGCCUACGGUUGAUGGCGUCGCAGCUGCAAGUAAUCACGGCGGACCCAGCCCAAACUGCAGAGAUUCCAUGGGAGGGUUCUGUUCAGCUCAAACUGCUUCUCACUGUGUACUGA